CAUGAACAAGGACCAGUUAGCGUCCCCUUGAGGCAGAUCGCUGUGUCUCAUUACAUGAAACAGUUCCCAGCUAUCAACAUUUCCCGCCCAUUGGUUUUCUAUGGGAUGGAGGCUCGUGCACUCUUUAGUUUGACGUGUGUAACUGCACUUCCGGUGAUUUCAACGCUAGAAUGGCUGCAGUAUUUACGUGUUGUUUGGGCUGCUGCGGGGAUGGCGGACCGGGUCAUGCUCCCCUUAAAGAAAUGCCAACCGUACAAUUAGACACGCACCACAUGGGGACGGAUGUGGUCAUCGUGAAAAGCGGGAGGCGGAUCUGUGGAACUGGAGCCUGCCUCGCCAACGCCCCUUUACACCAGAACAAGAGCUAUUUUGAGUUCAAGAUCCAGUCCACGGGUGUAUGGGGGAUUGGUGUGGCAACACAGAAAGUGAAUUUGAACCAGGUGCCACUGGGUCAAGACAGUCACAGUUUGGUGCUAAGACAUGAUGGUUCUAUAUACCACAACAACGAGGAGAAAAAUCGACUUCCCGCCAACAGUCUGCCACAGGAGGGGGAUGUAGUGGGAAUGACCUAUGACCACGUGGAACUAAACUUGUAUUUGAAUGGAAAAAACAUGCAUUGUCCAGCCUCAGGUAUUCGAGGGACAGUAUUCCCUGUAGUUUAUGUGGAUGACAGUGCCAUCAUAGACUGCCAGUUCAGUGAUUUCUACCAUGCUUCACCCGAAGGCUUUGAAAAGAUUCUGUUCGAACAGCAGAUCUUUUAAAUGUGUGCAUACACGCAGUGUAAAGCGGAUCUGUGUGAAUGGCAACACAUAAUUGUGUCCUCUUUCAAUGUUGCUUCUCUGCCUUUACUGUUACUACUGCUGCUGUUGUCCGUUUGGAAGAUGAACCAGAGGUUGUGAACACAUACACGCAAGUGUGAGAGAAUCUCUAACAUGGACAAAUGGUACCUAACCCUGUUCCUGGACAACCCCUAAACACACACCUGACUUAACUUGCCAUUAGUGGAGUACAUCAAUCGUUGUCAGAUAAGGAAGGCAUCUAAAAUGUAUAAGGUUGAUGGCCCCUGAGGAACAGGGUUGGAUACCACUGACAAAGAUAACACUUCACAUAAGCACUGAAGACGCUUACUGACAUAAUUUUCUGUAAUGUGUGUUAAGAAACUAAGCUUAUCUCUUUAUUUAUUAGUGUAGUGUGUUUGGGUUUGUUUAAUUUGAAUUAUGUGGGAAUUGUUAAUUUAUUUCUGAUUUGAUUUUCUUUCUAUAUUUACAUGAAUAUCGAUCCUCUCAAAGAAAAGCUUGUAUUUGCACUAGUUAUCUGUUGUUGAGAAUCAAACCAAACCUCUGUUGGUAAAAUGAGUUAUUUUAUCUUUUGCUUAUGAUCUAAUGAGUAUCUUGGUGUUACCUUUUUUUCUAGACUAUGUAUACUUUUUUCUGUUGCCAAAAGUGCUAACUAUAAUGGCAGUAUUUUCCACUGUGUUUAUUAUCACUUUACCUCUGUAAUCUUCUCUUUUGCACAUACAAAUGAAGUGACUUAAGCCGGACAGAGUUUUAAAUACCCACUGAGACAAUGUAAUGUUUCAUACUUGCAUGUAUAAGCUGAGGUGGGUAUUGCUGACUUGAAACCAAACAUGAAUGUGUUAGUUUAACUUUUCUUAUCCUAUGAGUUUUGCUUAUGUUAACAAUGUUAAUAUGUUAGCUAAAAUAGGUUUAUAACAAAACUGACCACUUGCCUUCAUAUGUUACCAAAACCCUUCAGGUUAAACAUGAUGCUGAGAAGUUGUUCUACCAGAGCAAGUCACUACAGAUAGCAUAUCAUUUUAUUGUACACUAUUUAAUGCUGAGAAUUGAAAAAAUGAAGUUAUGUAAAUGAUGUGCUUUAAAAAGGCCACAUAAAAAUCGUAUUUUGAUCCACACGUGGCUAGUAUUUUCCUGUACAAUUUUCAUCUAACGAGUACAUUCCUCAAGUGCUGUAUCUAACUGAAGUAUUCUGUCUUUCCGUCAGACCUGUUUUGUGAAAUGUUGAUGUAAAUGACUUCUCACGAAAUAAAAUUGAGCAGGCUAUUGCUAUA